AUGCCUUCUCGCUAUCCUAACCUGAGCAACGUUUGGGAAUUUGCAGGAUGGGGAAGUACAUAUUACAUGGAGAUCGAACCUUCCGAUCUUGAUCAGUACCAAGCGGCCAGCGAGAAAAAGUCCUUAAUUGGUCAGUGGAGAGCUACAUCCAUUGCAGGCAACGAUUUGAUUGCUUCGGUGCUGUACUCUAUCGGACCAUGUAUUGCACAAUCUGGCAAAUAUGCACCUAUUUCUAUGCUCAUCAUCGCUUUUUUAAUGUAUCCUAUGAAGCGUAUCAUCAUUGAAGUUGCUACGGCAAUGCCACUCAAUGGUGGUACAUACAAUGCCAUGUUGAAUUCUACCUCGAAAUCAGCCGCUUCUGUGGCAGCUUGUUUGUCCAUCUUGGAUUAUUUGGCAACAUGUGUCGUGUCGGCAUCAACCGCAUCUGCUUAUUUAGCUGCCGAAGUGGUGUUACCUGAAAAGUUUACAGAAUUUGCUCUUACGAUUGUUAUCUUGAUUGCGUUCUCUUUGAUUUGUUUAUUAGGUCUGCGUGAAUCCUCUACACUAACAUUAUCUAUCUUUACUUUACAUGCUAUCACCAUGGCUGUUGUUAUGGUGACAAGUAUUGUGAUGUGGGGAAGAAAUGGUAGUGGUACUUUGAUCGAUAACUGGACCAAAGUACCAGAUCCGGAAGGAGCCAACCCAGCCUUGUUAAUUGCCCGUGGUGUCUGUAUCGGUUUAUUAGGUGUCACUGGAUUUGAGUCUGCAGAAAACUAUAUUGAAGACUUGAAGCCUGGCACAUUUCCUAAAGUCAUGAAUAACAUGUUUGGCUUCUUAUUGGCGCUGAAUACGCCUAUGACCUUUCUAUGUACUGUCUUGGUACCUAUUUCGAUUCUUCAAGAAAACCAGGCCAAUGUUGUCUCUAUCUUAGGUCAGUAUGCUGGUGAUGGCAAACGCUGGCUCAGGAUUUGGAUCAUGAUUGAUGCUGUGAUUGUGUUGUGUGCUGGUGUCUUGACAGGCUUGAUUGGUGCUAUCGGUCUUGUACAGAGAAUGUCGAGUGAUGGUAUUUUGCCCAAAUUCUUCUUAGUACGUAACCGAUGGACUGGUUCUCAUCAAUACAUCAUUCUUGUGUUCUUGAUUUUGAGUAUCACCUUGUACUGCAUUGUAGGAGGAGACACGACUUCAUUAUCAGGUGUCUUUGCUGUUGCUUUCUUGGGUAGUUUAUCUACUUUUGCUGUAGCCAACAUUGUUAUCAAGUACAAGCGUGCACGGUUACCUCGUCUCAGCAAGGUCUCAUUACCUACUGCUUUAUGCACAUUUUGUCUUUUAUUAGCUAGUUUAAUAGGCAACAUCGUGAUUGAUCCUCACAUUGCAGAAUAUUUUGUGAUUUAUUUUGCUGUUGUGCUUAUCGUCGUAUUGGCCAUGCUGAAGCGCUGCUGGCUUUGGAAACUCUGUUACUGGCUUUUUGAUCAGAUGGAUUUCAUGCAUCGAUAUCCUCGCAUAUCUGUCAACAUUGAAUCGUUUAUCCAACGCCGUAUCAAGAAAAUCCGCAAAAAUCCUAUCGUCUUCUUCCUCCAGACAGACGAACCUCAUGUCAUGAACAAAGCACUUCAAUACAUCAAAAAGAACGAAGAUACUGGACAUGUCAAGUUUAUUCAUUUGUAUCGCCAUCUAAACGAUAUUCCAGAAAAUUUAGAAACACAUCAUCGUAUGUUGGACGAGAUGUAUCCCAAGAUUCAAAUUGAUUUGAUCUUUAUCCAAGGUGAAUUCACACCUGCUACAGUAGACGCCAUUUCACGACAAAUCAGUAUACCCAAAGCACAAAUGUUCAUGGCUUGUCCAGGCAAGAAUUUAAACUAUUCGUUUGGUGACUUUGGUGGUGCCCGAAUUAUCAUGAUGUAG